AUGGUGGCAGUUUGGGAAGUUAUAGUUUCUCUCCUAAAAUUUUAGGAGGAAGUUUUGAACGGAUUUAAUCUCUCCCACGUCAUCUCCUCCCCACGUUCCUGUAACUUCCAUGUACGUUAAGCAGACCUGAUUCAUCCGUUUAACCUGGUUCCAGACUACCGUCCUCCCCACCGUCGUCUCUCUCUCCCAAUUGAUAUUGACCCGUUUAACCUAGAGUUCCAGACUACCGUCCAACACACGUUCAUACAUUCCAAUUCACCAAAAUUUUCCAAUCAAUCGGACAAAUUUCAUUCAAACGAUGCCUCCGAAAACCGCGAGAAAGUCCGCCGGUCCAGGAAGAAGAGGCGGCAGAACCAGAGGAGCGGCGGCAAAGGUAGCGGCGGCGCAACCUGAUCCGCCGGUAGCACCGGCGCUGGAACAAUCUGUUAAUCCGGUUAAAGAGGAGGAUCCGGUUGAGGUUAAAGAAGAGAAGACGCCGGUUGUGGUUGAAAAGGAGAAGAAAGUGGAGAAAGUUGAGGAGAAACCUGUGGAUGAUAAUUGAAUAGAUCGUGCAAAAAGAAAAAAGUGCUUGGAUUGGAUGAUUUGCUAGUGGAUCACUACAAGGAGAAGAAUAGAGUAGCCGAGAGAGAAUCUAAGUUGGCCAAGACUAAAAGGUCUUACAAUUCGGAUGAUGAAGAGGACGGUCGUGUUGCUAAAUUGUCGAAAUAUGUUGACGAGUGUCACGAGAAGAUGACUCAACUAGGUGAUGAAGAUGAUGUAUCCCAUUGGGGUCUUCAAGUUUUUGGGAAACAGAAAACCCCACAAUCAUUUGCAUUUAGUGAGCUUUCAAGUUGCUCGCUUUUUCGUUUGUGUGUGGACCAUGAAGUGAACUCACUGGUUGAACUUAGUACUGAAUCAGGAGAAACGUUCUUUGAAGGUUUGUUGACUAAUGGCUGGCUAUUGAAAUUGGUCAGUAAAUGCGGCGAAGUAGAGAAAUCCAUAGCGAAUUGGACUUUUCAUUUAAUGUUAUACUCAUCAAAGGAAGUACUCAGAAAUGUUGCGGUUGACUUUUGGUGUGCUAUUUUGUUGCUGAAAAAUGAGGAUGAGUCACCGUCUAUAAAGAUUGAUUGGCUACCAAGUUAUUCAGAACUGAGCGGUGCUCUUGAAACUUUCGGUUUCGUAUUUCAUUCACCUACUAAAGAUUCUUCCGACACUGAAAUUUAUCUGGAGAUUCUGAAGGCAGUGAGGCAUCUCAAAACACUAGAACUUGGAUUAAAUACGUAGCUGCUUGUAGCCAAUCUAGGAAUAUUCAUUGUACUUUUACCACAUCAGAAGCAGAAGAGCUGGUGGUUGUUAUAAUCUGUCUUUUGUUAGAUCGACAGCUACUAGGGUUAUCCGUAGAAUUAAACGAAUACAUGCUAGCUUUAGUUAAUUUCUUCACGGAUGAUGAAUGGAGAUCCAACUGUGUACAAGUGACAAAAUCAGUAGCUUCAAGGGUUAUGAAGGAUGAAUAGCUUGAGGGCUGUUGAAUUUAUUUCUGUGGUUCAUGGGCCCACCAAGCUUCUCAGAAGUGAAAUCGCGUUCCGUAUUCUUCUUGGUUGUUUCGACAAGAUCGUGAACAAUCCUACCUGUUUCUCCACAAAACCGCUUCCUCUCCGCUCUGUUCAUCGAUGGAUUCCGCUGCUACUUACAUCUUUCCUUCUUUUCCUUCAAUUAUCAUCUUCACCGUCAAAACCCGUUGUUUUGCUUGAGUUAUUCGAAACCAGGAUCCAUGAGGGAGCAAUUAGGGCUAUUUUCAAGAGAGAUCGACAGGUAAACUAUACGAAAUGCCACCAUGCUCCCCUUCCAUUAAGGUAAAUUUGUUCUCAUUGUUACAACAAUAGUUCAUGGUUUCUUAUUCUUUUGAUUAUCUAAUCCUCAAAUGUCAAUCGAAUCCUCCCCAUUCAUAUGGAUUUUUGGUGCUUUUAAUCCAUUCCCAGAAACACUUGCAUUGUAAUUUCAGUGUUUUGCUGUUUUGAUUUGGAGAGAAUUGAAGAUUCUUGAUUCCUAGGGUUUUGUUAUAAGAAACUCUAAUCCAACUUAUAUAGUUUUCAUGUAAUAUUCACUAUUAUUGUUGAUAAAAUUGAGAAAUUCAGUCUCAUUUUUGUUUAAGACUGUGUCUAAUGUAGAGAAACCGGUUUGUUUAAUUUGUAAUUUCAGUGAAGUGAUGAUGAACUGAUUAGGAUGUUCAUAUGGGACAGCGGUGGUGGAGAAACAUUUGUGUUGGUGAAAGAAACCCAAUAUGAAGAAGAAAGCUUAAGAUAGUACUGGUCGAAGUAAUAAUAGUGUUUAAGCUCAAACGUAUAAAGAGAGCCAUAGAGUUUCUUGGUCUCAAGGUUUGUUUUGAUCAGUGGAUUUAAAGUCUUAUAGUGUGAUGAUUUUUGUUUGAUUUGGGUUGUGUAUGUUUAAAGGAAAUGACAUAUUGAGGACAUCUGAUUUGAAUACAUUUAUAUUCAUUGAUUAGCUUCUUUCAGUU